CCGAUUUUUAAUUUGCGAAAACCGGAUAGUUGUACAGCAGCUGAGAUAAACAUCGAAACCAAUAGUUGCCAUGUUCUUCGAGAGGUUAUACUGCUCACUCCUUACUCGAUUUAUUGUUCAGCGAUAGAUUGCGUUUCUUUGAUGCUCUGUGUUUGUAAUCUUUACAUGCGAACUUUCAGAUCAAUCAGCAAUCUGAUCUUCCAAGUUUUCGCAUUCAUGGGAGGUUGUCUUGGAUGUCCUAAGGUCCCAUUUAUGAGCAAUGAUAAAAAACAGCCACCUGGAAAUCUGAAAAAAGACAAAACCAGAAAUAUAAAUAAACCCAACCUGGCACAAGACUUUUGGAGCAGCAGCACAUAUGAAAUGGACAACAGUGCUGCCCAGUCACAAUCAUCACUCUCCAUGUCAAACCCUAACCUCGAUUCCCAUUCCCAUUCCCAUUCCAAUUCCAAUUCCAAUUCCACCUCCGGAACCAAUCCUCCGGAAUUCAGAAACCGUGGUCUCCUUCUCUGGAAUCAGACAAGGCAACAAUGGAUUGGAGACAAGGGUUCUUCUGGUCAACAACGCAAAAAGAAGGGUAAAGAACCUGCCAUAAGUUGGAAUGCAACAUAUGAUAAUCUGCUUGGGACAAACAAGCCUUUUCCAAAGGCGAUUCCUUUACCUGAAAUGGUGAAUUUUCUUGUGGAUGUAUGGGAAGAAGAGGGGUUGUAUGACUGAUGAUAAUGAUAAUGAUAAUGGAUCGCUAUUUUCUGGUAAAACUGCUACAUAUGACAUGAUUAUUUACUAUUUAGAUUCUAAGAAAAUAACUCUGGCUUUGCACAAAAUUAUUGUCAUUAUUUUGGUUGGAAAUUUGUUAAAUGGAUUUGGCUUGAAAAUAAUUCGGGCAUUUAUUUUGA